CUGUCGCGCGCACAGGCCAGGGCGUCUCAAGCUCCUGCACGCGCUCGCUUCACCAGUCCUGGGGAAAAGGGAGCGAGCGAGCGAGCGAGCGAGCGAGUGAACGAACCCGGGAGAGCUGUUGGAGCUGUUCCUGCAAAGCCAGCCAAAGAGGGUGGCUGGGAGGGAGGGGCACUCAGAGAGGAGGUCGCAGCAUCAGGAGCAGCACGGUUCUGCAUUUUCUGUGUGAUGAAGGUUCAUUGCAUUGCUCCUCCGUUUGCUGCUAGCUGACACUCAACUGCACCCAGUGCGCACCAGAGAGGAGACGCCGCGGUGCCGUGACCUUGGCCGAGGAGUGGCAAGUUGAUAAUUCCAUUGUUUAAGAUCCUAUCUGAUUUGGGGUGACAUGGCACAGGGAAAUAAUUAUGGACAGAGCAGCAAUGGGGUGGCUGAUGAAUCUCCCAACAUGCUUGUGUAUAGAAAGAUGGAAGAUGUCAUAGCACGCAUGCAAGAUGAAAAAAAUGGAAUUCCUAUUAGGACUGUCAAAAGCUUUCUUUCCAAGAUACCCAGUGUAUUCUCUGGGUCAGACAUUGUGCAAUGGUUAACGAAGAACUUAACUAUAGAAGAUCCAGUGGAAGCUCUGCAUUUGGGGACAUUAAUGGCUGCCCAUGGCUAUUUCUUUCCAAUCUCAGAUCACGUUCUCACAUUAAAGGAUGAUGGCACAUUUUACCGAUUUCAAACACCCUAUUUUUGGCCUUCAAAUUGUUGGGAGCCGGAAAAUACAGACUAUGCUGUUUACCUCUGCAAGAGAACAAUGCAAAACAAAGCCCGGCUGGAGCUAGCAGACUAUGAAGCUGAAAGCUUGGCUAGACUACAACGAGCAUUUGCCCGGAAGUGGGAAUUUAUUUUUAUGCAAGCAGAAGCACAAGCAAAAGUUGAUAAGAAAAGAGACAAGAUAGAAAGGAAGAUUCUUGAUAGCCAGGAACGAGCAUUCUGGGAUGUACACAGACCAGUGCCUGGUUGUGUAAACACAACCGAAGUGGAUAUUAAAAAAUCAUCCAGAAUGAGGAAUCCUCACAAAACUCGAAAGUCAGUCUAUGGAUUACAAAAUGAUAUUCGAAGCCACAGCCCAACCCACACACCCAUACCAGAAACUAAGCCUCCAACAGAAGAUGAAUUGCACCAACAGAUAAAAUACUGGCAAAUACAGUUAGACAGACAUCGGUUAAAAAUGUCCAAAGUUGCUGAUAGUCUACUAAGCUACACAGAACAGUAUGUCGAAUAUGACCCCUUUCUUGUGCCACCUGACCCUUCUAAUCCAUGGAUGUCAGAUGAUACCACUUUCUGGGAACUUGAAGCAAGCAAAGAACCUGGCCAGCAAAGAGUUAAACGAUGGGGUUUUGGCAUGGAUGAAGCAUUGAAAGAUCCAGUUGGGAGAGAACAGUUUCUCAAAUUUCUAGAGUCAGAAUUCAGUUCAGAAAAUUUGAGGUUCUGGCUGGCAGUGGAAGACUUGAAGAAAAGAACUAUUCGAGAAGUCCCCACCCGAGUCCAGGAAAUAUGGCAGGAAUUUCUGGCUCCAGGGGCUCCCAGUGCCAUUAAUUUGGAUUCCAAAAGCUAUGACAAAACCACCCAAAAUGUGAAGGAGCCAGGACGGUACACAUUUGAAGAUGCUCAGGAGCACAUUUACAAAUUGAUGAAAAGUGAUUCCUACCCACGUUUCAUACGAUCCAGUGCCUACCAGGAGCUGUUGCAGGCAAAGAAAAAGGGCAGAAACAUCCCUAUUUUCCCAUGCCAUAAAAACUGUACACCAACACUGAGGGCCAGCACUAACCUGUUAUGAAAAGAGGGGAAAUCGCUCACAUCAAAGAGAUUAACCAGUCUAGUUCAGUCCUAUUAAAAGGAUCUACUUGUAGCAUGGACCCAGCCUCGAAUCAUUAUACACACUUUGUAGCUCACUAAUUCCCUGGAUCAGAGGACAUUAGACCAAGAUGUUGCAUGAGCAAAAGACUGGAUUUGUUCUCUUUUGUGUACACUAAAGCAUUCCAGACUCCGAGGGACUCUAUCCUUUCUCACCGCUUCCAUUUCAAACCUUGUCUGUUCACUUCCUCCUUCAUAUCAAGCUGGAUCUGUCUAUUAUUUUUCUGCGAGUUCAAGUACAGUGAAAACUUUUUUUGAAAGCUUCUACUAGACACACAGUUUAUUUAAAAAAAAAUACAGUAAAUCACAAACUGGAAGAAUUGUAAAAUAUAUAUAUAUAUUAAUAAAUAUGCAUAUGGCAUCACAUUUAUUGAGCAGUAAAUUAGAACAGAAAGUUUCAUUUCACUUAUGUAUUCCCAGUCAGAAAAAAACCUGCGUCUUUGUCCAUUGUCCGUACAUUCUCUGUUAAUGUUUCUUGCAUUUAUUUUUAUACCAUAUUUAAAAAAGAAACACCUUUUACUCCAAAUGUAUUAAAGUUGGUCCCUUCUCUGUAAAUUUGUGUAUGUUUAUAUUGUUGUUUUAUCUUUCAUUAAAAGAUGCAGAAUCUCAUUCCUUUUGUAACCUUGGACUUCAGUUUUACAGUGGCAGAUCAAUUGUUAUUUAAGUAUUUCUCAUUGAGCUGCCUGGUUUUGACCAGACCAGGCCAUAACAAAUUUGCAAUGGAUCAAGGAGGUAGCCCUUAAACGUUUAUUUGUCAGCUUUCAAGGUUUCAUGUUUCAGUGACAGAAAAAAUAAGUCAUGCGUGUUCUCAGUAAAUGGCAUAAUUAGACUAUGCUUAUAAACAAGCAAAGAAAAUAACUUAGGAUUUCAAUUGAAUUCAAGAAUCAUUUUUUAUCUACCUAUGAUAUCCCAAACAUUUUGUUAGAUGCUAGAAUUAGAAACAAAGAAAGUGUCUUCAAGGAGACUGGUUUCUCCUUACACAAAGGAAGGGGUCAUGUAAACAGAUAACCAAAUACAAAAUGUAUAAAAAAGUAAAUUUAAUCUAAUUUGAGGGAGUGCAGAAAGCACUAACAACUGGGGAAAUCUCACUGAGGAUGUGGUUCUCGGGCAGAACCUUGAAGGAAACUACUAUGUAAGACAUUAAGUGAGAAAAAAACAACAUUCUAUACAUGAUAGAGGAAAUUUCAAAAGGAAAAUCCCUCCACUGUAAAAAGAAAAAAUACAGAGAUAGAAAAAGGAGCAGAAUACAUAGUGAAUGGCAAGGAGGCCAGUUUGCUGCUAAGUUCCUCGGGGUUUCAUUUAUCACUCAUAAGUCUUUGCAUUCAGAAGAAAAAUUAUAUGAACACAUGAAACUCCUCAGAGGAAAACUAUGAAAGGAUCAGAAUCAGAGUUUUUACCCCAUUCUUUUCCACUGAAAUCAUCCUAUCACUUCUGUCACCCAAUAUUAUCCUACCACAUAUGCUGUGUGUGUCAUCUAACCCAGAGAGGGAGCCCCUUACUCCUCAUACCUUCUUCUAUAUCUUUUCCUUCUUCAAGUACAAUAUAUUCCACCACCCCCCAACCCCCAAACCCCUGCAGGCCACCAUUGGAGCAGAACACCCUUGUUUGGUGGAAUAGACACAUACUUUCUCUUUAGCUAAACUGCCUGCUCUGUGUACAAGGCACCAUAUUGAAAUUUCUUGGUCUUUUGUUAAUCUUGUUCCCAGAUUUCUGGAACUCUUGUCUAGAUACUGUAACUUUGUAAUAUUUGUCUUUCACUCAAAAUAUAUUUAGAUUGUAAAUGAGACAAUAUGAUAUUGUGGGCAGAGGGCUUAUCUUAGACCCAGGUAGACCUAUUUCCAGGUUUUGCCUAUAAAAUAGACCUGCUAGGUGUUCAAACUCUCUAAGACCAUACAUAAGUAAUAAGAGUUGUUGGAUAUACAUUGUUAGAGGAAGUUUCAAAAGGAAAACUCCUACUGAAAAAAUUAGAGGUCUGAACAAAACAAAAAUCCUCUACUUAUAUUUAUAUUUUAAAUGAAACAUUGAUUUAACAAUAGACAUUAACAGAACAAACCCUUUGGAGUACUGAAGUUAAACAGAUUUUUCUUCUUUCGGGAAGUAGUAAAAAGUAAAUUGUUUUUCAACUGUUUAUUAGGCUGUUCUUAAGGGCAAAAAAACUUCUUCCCCAAAUGCAAAUAUCCAUGGUAUAUUAGUGAACCUUUUUAUUUGAUUUCAAAAUUAAUAUAAGCUUCAAUUUUAGAACCAAUUUAGCUCUUUAUAAUGGGAACCUUUGGGAAGUCAGAAGGCCAAAAUCUAUCUCUCAUGUGGGAAGCCGUGUAGGAACUCAUUUUGUUUGGGACCUGGGGAUAGGUUCAAAGAAAAUUGUGGGAUUCAGGUUACUUACCUAAAAUAUAGAUUUUGAAAAAGUUGACAAAAAUGUGAAAUUGCAAGAACUCAGUGGAGUAGUCUACUCACAAACUUUUAGAAUAGUAAAAAAAAUAGUAAAAACAAAAUUAAGGACCUGAUGGGAGAAACUAUAUAUACCAAUAGGAAUGCACACUGAAAUGUCAUACUGAGAAUAAUCUGAAUAUCCUUAUGAUUAUAGAAAGGGACCUUUAAAAGUAUGGCCUUUUUUUGUCUAGACCUGAGAUUUCAUAACUAUAGGGGGUUUCUAAUGUGAAAACUCCCUCUAUCAAAGCAAAUUAAGUUAUCUAUAAUAUAUAUUUGUAGAGAACUGCCAGGUAUUAAAGAAUUGUGUCAAGAAGACAAGUUUCACUAUUGUGAACCAAAGUAGUUCUCCAUCCAAGUAGCCUGUAUUCAAGUUCAGGUUUUGCCAAGUUUUACAAAUUAUGAGACUACUCAAUUCACUUUCUUUCUCCAUUCGUUAAUUCCCUUGGCUAUAAAAUGAAGGGUUGUUGACUAAAUGGAAUUUAGAAUCUAGAAUUUAUUCCAUUUCUAACAUUCUGUAAUUCUAUGAAAUUUAAUUUUUGAAUUCAUCUAACCCUUGAUAAUGUACUAUUCACAUUUUGAAUAUUUUAAUCAUAAUCUGUAUAUGUGUUAUUACAUGUAGGCAAUGUAUUCACAUAGAUAUCCAGUAUACAAAAAUAUGCAUUUAAUAUAUGCUGGACACUUCCAAUGGGAGUAUCUUUAUAAAAUGACAAAAGAGAUAAUGUGAUAGAUGCACAGGUAGGGGUACUGAAUAAUAAGAAUGCAUCCUAGCUCUGGGAAACCACCUUAGGAAGUAAUGCUAUGAAAUAUUUUCUUCUCUGGCCUUAACUAAAUUAAAUAUUUUCCAUUUCAGGCUGAUCAUGCAAUAGUUACAUGAUAAAUACUUAUUUUACCUAGAUGAUGGCAAGAGUCUGACUAUAUGUAUUUAAACUGGCAUCCACAAGAGCAGAGUUUCUUAGCCUGGGGUCCAAGAAGUUGUUUAUUUUUUUUAAAAUAUUUUAAUUAUUGCAUUUUAAUGGAAAUGGUUUCAUUUUAAUCCCAUGUCUUUAAAAAUGAUGUCUUUAAAAGCAUUGUUUUGGAGAGUGGUCCAUAUAGGCUUUAUCAAACUGCCAUAAAGGUCCAUGAUGCAGGAAAAAUUAAGAAUACUGCCUAGACAAUGAAUGCUAGUGGGGAGGGAGGAGACAGAAUUGCUUGAGUAUAUCAUUAAUUCCCUUGUACCAGACACUUGUUUUAUAUAGAGUUGUGGAAUCUAUCAUUAGUUUGGACAGUUAACUAAUUCUCAGUCCUGUUCAUUAACAAAAGAACUAAGUCUCCUAGGACCCCAUUUAGAGGUGUUUUUAGAUUUGCCUGCUCUCCUUUUUCUUUGGUGAGAUGAAUUGGAGAAAGGACUGAUUUUGUCAAGAUGGGGAUCUACCUAUGUAGACAUUCCCUUUACCAAUAUACAUCUCCACAAAUUACCUAUAACAUAGUCUUAACUAUUUAAGAUAUUGAGACUUUGAAUGACUUGUCCAUGGUGAAAGUUAUAUAUGUCAGAGGGAAGACAUCAAUCUAGUUAUUCUUGAUUUCAGGGCUUCUUAUCUACUGUGUUAUGAUAUAUUUCCUACAGUCAUGUUUUGUUUUGUUCUGAAGCAGACCUGUGAUCUCAUUGGAAAAGGGAACUUCUAGUGAGGGAAUCCCUCUCAGAUUACAGAUUAGCCUGUGCUUUUCAAUUUAUUAUUUUAGGGAAUUGUCUGGAACACUACAAGUUAAAUGACUUGACCAGGGUCACAUAGUCCAUUACAUAUCAAAAGCAGAACUGGAACCAAAGUGACUCAACAGUCUUGACUCAUAGUCUAACCUUUCAAAACCUUAUGCCAUAAUAUAAUACUGUAAAAAAAAGAGGAGAGAGGGGCAGCUAGGUGGCACAGUGGAUAGAGCACCGGCCCUGGAAUCAGGAGUACCUGAGUUCAAACCCGGCCUCAGACACUUAACACUUACUAGCUGUGUGAC